AUGCCAAUGGCGAAUUAUAGAAGAACAAAUAAAGAGGUAAGAAUUUACUCACUGCUGUGUGCAAUUAUCUACGCGCUACUACUCACUAUACCACUUGGUAUGGAUAAGCACCCGGCUAUUAAACAAAAUAAAAGCACGCGUAUGUAUGCAUCAAGCAGUAUGUAUGUACAUGCAGCACCAAACGAAACAAUUCCUACAAAAUCAGCAGCAGACGAGCGCAUACAAUGGAGAAAGGUUGUAAAACAGCAGCGCAAUCUAGUAAAGCCGCCUGGAAAGGUAUUAAUAAAAGAAGGCGCCACCAAUGUAGUCAGUGCAGUCAGUACAAAUGUUUCUGGAGAAAAAAAAUCAUCUAGAGAAGAAAGAUCAUCUUCCUCUACAAAUACAGUACGCGCAAAGAGGCCUCUGCAAAAAGAGAGUGAUACAGAAUUUGUACGGAGUAAUCGUGGUAUUUCACAGAAGACAGCCAUAGAGCCACAAUCUGCGUGUUUGGUAGGCUAUGUUAAUAACCAGGUACAGACAAUAGAGAACUUAAACGCAAUGUACAUUACCGCACACAGUGAAGAAGACAAAGAGGUAAUAGGCUUUUUAUACAAAAUUGCACAGAAGCAUCCGCAUUUGUUAGAGCAUAUAAAGGCUCUUGAUUCUAUAAUGGUUAAUAAAAUUAUUAUAAAUAAAGAUGAAGUGGUGGUUGAGUGUAUCAGAAACACCAACCGCAGAGACACAAAAACAUUAUCGAAUGUACUACAGGCGUGUAGUAAAGGUAUAACCAUAGAUGAAUGCAGAGGCGAUGGAGAUGCCACGAUGUCUCUUUAUAUUUCACAGCCAGUGCUUACACAGACCAUUUCUCUAAUCAACCAUGUGCUGCUUAUAUACUGCAGUUCAAGCAGAGGAGGAGUGGCUUGUCUAUCGCUGAGCGGGUUCAAAUUCGAGCCAACAGAGGAUUUAUUUAUAAAUUACACAAUAUUUUCAUUAAUAGAGGGGCUCUCUCUGUCUAGCACCUCAAUUUAUUCCGGCGGGCUGAACAUGCUGUGUGCCUAUCCCAACAUAAGAAAACUUUCUUUUUGUGAAGGUACCACUGUGAAGUUCAACCAUACUUUAGAUCUAAGCUUUCAGAGUCUAGAAAGGCUAGAACUAUCUGACAUUCACAGGUACUAUGCAGACUGGGUGCUAAGUGGGACAAAGUCAUGCUCUACUCUUAAAGAAAUAGAGAUAUCUAACAUUAAUUGCAUGGAGACAAAGGCGCUAAACAAACUAGGCAAUCUCGAUAAAAUAACAUCAUUCUGCCUUAGGAAUGUGGUCUUCAGUGGCUCUCCAAACUUUGGAUUCCUUAAGCACAUGCGCGGGCUUCAAACUCUGCGUAUGGAAAAUAUUUUCUACUCGUACACUGAGCAGCUUAGGCUAAAAGAGUUGAGUGAGGUUAAAAACUCCACCAGGUAUUUAAACCUAGAAAUUGUGCCAAAAACGCAUUCUAUACCAGGCCACGCGGGAAAGGGGGCAGUUACCACACCCGUGGUAGCAGAAGAGAAUAUAAAGAUAGGAAGGUGCAUCUCUCCAACAGCGGUAUACGUGGACAGCAAAUUGUACAAGGACUUAGGGCUGUGUGAAAUAAAGCCAAGAAAAGAAGAAGAGUAUACAAUAUCGAUUUCAUUUGCACAGGAGGUGAUGGAACAAAUUGUGAUAAAUUCAAUUGUGGUUGAGUUUAUCCUGAACAGUGCACAGACCUGUCUUGAAAUCACCUGCAACCCAAUUACACACGCCAUGCAAACUACUCUAGAGUAUAUUAAGUGCAUUGAUUUCCCAUUUUUGGCGCAAAAUACUAUUGAGGAUAUAACUCUAGUGAGUUGGCUUAAAGAGCCCAGUAAAGACAGUGUAUGCAGUGUUUUCUCAGACCAGAUAUUUAGGUAUGCGUCUUAUAGCGCGGUUAGAUCGAUAUACAUAAUAUCUUCAUGGGCACCGCUAACAAUGGACGUAUGCAGAAUUGCGAUGUUCAACAGGAGCAUGCCGGGUCUUAAAGAAAUAAGCAUGUCCAAUGUUUUAUUUGUAAUACGUAGCGGAGUGCCAGAAAACAGCAAUGAGGAGCAAAUUAUGCAGGUAUAUUUAGAGCACAUUCAGACGAAAGGCCCAGAUGCAUUUAAAUGCAUGUUUGUAAAGGGUGAAAGUGGUUUAGAAAUAGUGAAUACUAUUGAAUAAAAAGGCAAUCCACGCUUAAUGCAUGCAUAAUAGAGUGUGUGCUCUAUGCUCAACUAUAUCCACCCGAUUGCUAUGUGAAUGAAAUAUUAGGUGGUUGUAUUAGGAAUGCCAGGUUAUUUCGGAGUACUUAAAGAAUGUAAAUAUUAUAUUUUGUGAACUAUUAUGGAUGAUUUAUUAAAAAUAAAAUA